UCUAAUACAACUUACAAAUUAUGUCCCCUUUUUACGCCAACAGUGUGCAUGAUGUGAUGAACACAAACUGAGCAUUAUCAUGUAAAGACCGAUAUGCAGCAAAGCUUACAACUAUGCAAAAGCCCAUUAUUUAGUGAUUAAGGGUAAGGCGAGUGUGCCAUCAGGAUGACAGUAUUUUAAAGCAGACGAUGUUCCGGCGAGUGCUGGGUAAAUCAGCUGGUGUUCUGUUCUACUUUGUACAGUAUGGAGCUAUUGCCCACUGUGCUCUAGAGUUCGGUGGGGACUUUGUGAUGUGUAGCGGACCGUCCAUGGAACCCACAAUACACAGCGGGGACAUUGUUCUCACCGAACACGUCAGCACUUACAGGACAUUAAUUCAAAAGGGUGAUGUGGUGGUAACUCGUUCCCCUGUGAACCCCCACUACUUCCUGUGCAAGAGAGUGGUUGGCCUAGCAGGGGACAAUGUGUUCAACGGGUCAUCACAGACAUUCAAGAGGAUCCCACCUGGACAUGUAUGGCUGGAGGGAGAUAACAAAGACAACUCCGCUGACUCCCGGGAAUACGGACCAGUUCCCUAUGCCCUCAUCAGAAGCAGGGUGUUCUACAAGAUCUGGCCCCCAAGGAACAUGGGAACACUGACCAUGAUGCUGGACCAGAACAGAUGACCCCUGCCAACAUGUUGUAUCACAUGCAGCCUCAGAAAUUGUUUGUUUUAAGACUGGUACAGGGCCCCUUUCCACAAAGCGAUCUUAGCACUAUGACUAUGGUAAGUCUAUGUUAAAUCAUGGGAGUUAAGAUCACCUUAGUGCAAAGAUUGCUUUGUGGAUAGGAGACCUGAGGACUAGUUGAAACCUUAGUUCUCUGGUCCUCAGUUUGUAGUGAGUACUGUUUGAACGAGACAAAUAUAUUUACCACUAUCAGAUUUAAUCAAUUUUAAUUUGUAGCAAAAUUGAAGCUUUGAGAACAGGUUCUGAAUUAUCGCUCUCAAGUGCUACCAGGCAAUAAGGACAACCAUCAUUGGAUUUUUGCUUGUCCUCAGCAAAAUGUAGUCUUCAGGUAGUGGUACUGGUAGCGUGAAUUUUGAAGGCUGAUAUAUACCAACAGCAGAAGGAUGACCCAUGACUUUAUACUUGGGGUUUUGCUAUAUGCUAACCUCAUGUUUCCAUACAUAUCACGUUUAUACUUGACUCAUAAUAAUACUAUAUAUAAGAUAGCUGCGUGAUGAAUUGUGAGACGGGGGCAUGGGUGGUCCAUUCAUCUAAGGCACCUCUAUUCACUGUGCAGAGUUGUGCCCCUGAGCUGGCCAGAAACCUAUGAUUGUAGGGUCCAAUCCUAGUCACCCUGAUUAUGUUUCUCGGAUUGUUAGCACCAGACCAUUUCACCAAAGUGGUAAAUGUCUAAGACCAGCAUCGCUUCAGACUUUCCUCUAACAUCAGCAUGACAUGUCACGAUAUAAAUGAAGUACUGCUCACAGUGGUGUCAAAUCAGUCUCCCUUGCUCACAGUCAAAUAUAGCGAAAUGUGUUGUAAUUAAGGUUUCAAGUUCACUACUAAAAGUAGCCACUACGAACAUGUCUACAGCUAGCUUUACCUUUGAACCUGCUUUGAAAUAUUUGGUAUGGUAUAGUGACCUUGCUGUAUCAUUUCACCCCUAUUUACUGAUAAAUGGCUAGCCAUGUCAUGCAUAACAAUUUGUGGUCAAGAAGUUUCCACGCGAUUUGACGUAAAUAUGUGUAUCGCGAUACAUAUCAUUUUGUGACCUAUGUAUCGUGAUAUGUAUGGUAUAGUGAUCUUGCUGUAUCGUUUCACCCCUGUUAACUGAUACAUGGGUAGGCAUGUCGUGUGUCACAUGAUGUAGUCAGGUGUAAAUUCACAAUGCGUCUUUUCAGGGGUUUUUGAGAUUCACCCAUUACAGGAUCACGUGUCUGACAUUGAGAAGAAUAAAAUAAAAAUCAUUUUUAA